GUCCAGCCCCCACCCAGGUGCAUUUGCUCAGUUAUUAAUUUAGUAUCAGAACCUGUUGAGUUUUUGCACUUCCUGACCAUGUUCCUGGCUUCCAGAUUCAGCUUUGUGUCCUUUCUGUGCUGUACUUCGUGUCGGACUGUCUCUUGUGUAUAACCCAGAUUGCCUUCAACUGCUGCAUUUGUCUCAAAGUUACAGUUUAAUUCUACUGUGUGUAAUAUUUGUAACUCCUGCUAUCAAUCAACGCUUGCCAUUAUUUGUCCUACUUGGUGUGGCUACUUAACGUGAAGUUUUUGUGUGUCAGCUCCAGUUGUGCUUCUUCAACCUGCAAAUGUAAAGGCAUUGCUCAGACUACUGUGAGUUAUCACUUAUCUAUUUCAGUGAACUACAACUCCCAGCAUCCUCAGCCAUCUGCUUACAGUUGUUUUCCUGCAAAUUAUCCUGUUGCAAUUCCAUUAUUUUGAGCCAACAGAAGAACUUGUUAUUAAUGCAUAUUGUUACCUGUAGCACUGUUUCCAGUUACCAGCUCAGUUUCCUAUUCUCUGGCACCUUUGUGGAAUAAAGACUAUCUUCUGAAUAAUUCCUGUGUUGCAAGUUUAAAAAGACAAAUUACUGAUACUUACCUAAUACCUAAAAUUUGAGCCUGAGUUCUUCUCUUGUCAUGGCUGCCGGCAGCCUUAAGGCCUCUAAACUUUUGGCUGGUCUGAACCUGGCACAUGCAUCACUUUAGCAGUUUCUGCUUUUUACGGGGGAGUUUCAGCUUGAUGAUACAACAAAAAAGCAAAGGCCUGUUUACAAAAUAACACUGAAGACCUGCUUCUGAAUAUCUUUCAACUCAUGUUUUCAACACACAGGGCAUUUGGAAAUUCUGUCAUGAGAAUCAAGCUUCUUGCUGGGGAAUGCACAGAUCGUGGACUGGCCUGUAGUUUAUAGUAAUGACGGAUUUUGCAAGCUUUCUGGAUAUCACAGAGCAGACAUCAUGCAGAAGAGCAGUACUUGCAGCUUCAUGUACGGAGAAUUGACGGACAAGAAGACCAUUGAAAAGGUCAGACAGACGUUUGAGAACUACGAGUCAAAUUGUUUUGAAAUCCUUCUUUACAAGAAAAGCAGAACUCCAGUUUGGUUCUAUAUGCAGAUUGCUCCUAUAAGGAAUGAACAUGAAAAGGUUGUGUUAUUCCUGUGUACUUUUAAAGACAUUACUUUAUUCAAACAACCGAUUGAAGAUGAAUCGACUAGAGCUACCCUUGGACCACCUCCGCUAAAUAAUCCUCAAAGAUGGACCAAAUUUGCGCGGUUAACACGAGCUUUGACAAACAGCCGGAGUGUAAUGCAGCAGUUAACUCCAAUGAACAAAGCCGAGGUGGUCCAUAAACAUUCCAGAUUAGCUGAAGUACUUCAGUUGGGAUCAGAUAUCCUUCCCCAAUACAAGCAAGAAGCACCAAAAACACCACCACACAUUAUUUUGCAUUACUGUACAUUCAAGACAACAUGGGACUGGGUCAUCUUAAUUCUGACUUUCUAUACUGCAAUUAUGGUCCCCUAUAAUGUCUCCUUCAAGACAAAACAGAACAAUAUAGCCUGGCUGGUGCUGGACAGCGUGGUGGAUGUUAUUUUCCUGGUUGACAUUGUUUUGAAUUUUCAUACAACUUUUGUUGGACCUGGAGGAGAAGUCAUUUCAGAUCCCAAACUCAUACGAAUGAACUACUUGAAAACAUGGUUUGUCAUAGACCUUCUCUCUUGUUUACCUUAUGACAUCAUCAAUGCCUUUGAAAAUGUGGAUGAGGAGACUCCAACACAGCAUAUUCAUGCAGCUCUGGAAGGUAUGAGUAGUCUCUUCAGUUCUCUGAAAGUAGUACGCCUAUUAAGACUGGGUCGUGUGGCCAGGAAGUUGGAUCAUUACCUGGAAUAUGGAGCUGCUGUUUUGGUUCUUCUAGUGUGUGUGUUUGGUCUUGUAGCCCAUUGGUUGGCCUGCAUAUGGUACAGCAUUGGAGACUAUGAAGUCAUUGAUGAAGUGACAAAUACAAUCAAGAAAGACAGUUGGCUGUACCAGCUAGGACUAAGCAUUGGUACUCCCUAUCGGUAUAAUGCCAGCGGCUCAGGGCAAUGGGAAGGAGGACCCAGCAAAGACUCCUUGUAUGUAUCCUCCCUCUAUUUUACCAUGACAAGCCUUACAACAAUUGGAUUUGGAAACAUAGCUCCAACCACAGAUGGAGAGAAGAUAUUCUCUGUUGCAAUGAUGAUGGUUGGCUCUCUUCUUUAUGCAACUAUUUUUGGAAAUGUCACCACCAUAUUCCAACAAAUGUAUGCCAACACCAACCGAUAUCAUGAGGUGCUGAACAACGUGCGUGAUUUCCUCAAACUUUAUCAGGUCCCGAAAGGCCUUAGCGAGAGGGUCAUGGAUUAUAUUGUGUCCACGUGGUCCAUGUCCAAGGGCAUUGAUACAGAAAAGGUUCUCGCAAUAUGUCCCAAGGAUAUGAGAGCUGAUAUUUGCGUGCAUCUGAACAGGAAGGUUUUCAAUGAGCACCCAGCUUUUCGUUUAGCCAGCGAUGGCUGCUUGCGAUCGUUGGCUGUGGAGUUUCAAACAAUUCACUGUGCUCCAGGAGACCUCAUCUACCAUGCGGGUGAAAGUGUUGAUGCCCUCUGCUUUGUGGUGUCAGGAUCUCUGGAAGUCAUUCAAGAUGAUGAGGUGGUGGCAAUACUAGGAAAGGGUGAUGUCUUUGGAGAUGUAUUCUGGAAAGAAACCACACUUGCACAUGCCUGUGCUAAUGUUCGCGCACUGACAUAUUGUGAUUUACACAUCAUUAAACGGGAAGCCUUACUCAAAGUACUGGAAUUCUAUACAGCCUUUGCAAACUCUUUCUCAAGGAAUCUCACACUAACUUGUAACUUGAGGAAACGGAUUAUUUUCCGUAAAAUCAGUGAUGUAAAGAAGGAAGAAGAGGAACGGCAAAGGCAAAAGAAUGAAGUGACCCUUAGUAUCCCGGUGGACCACCCUGUAAGAAAACUGUUUCAGAAAUUUAAACAGCAGAAAGAAUUAAGAAACCAGGGUUCUUCAAACACUGAUCUGGAACGGAACCAGCUCCAAGUGGAGCACUGCGCUAUGCACAAUGGAGCAGUCCUUACUGGAACCAGCGUGGUGACUGUGUCCCAGAUAACGCCUAUUCAGACAUCUCUGUCUUAUGUCCGAACCAAUGAGUCUAUGAAACAGAACAAUAGGGAUGCUAUGGAGCUGAAGCCAAAUAGCAGCAGUGACACUAACAGCCUCAAAGUGACCAGUCCCGUUCGCCUUAAGAACGGAAAUGGCAAAGGUUGGCUGAAAUUGAAAAACAACAUGCAGGUGCAAGAGGAAAAGAAAGAAGACUGGAAUAAUGUGACAAAAGCAGAGUCAUUGGGUUUGCUUUCAGAUGACCCCAAAUGCACUGACCCAGAGACCAAGGUUUCUAAAAACUCGUUGAGAAAAACGGAUUCUUGUGACAGUGGGAUAACUAAAAGUGACCUUCGUUUGGAUAAAGCAGGGGAAACACGUAGUCCACUUGAACACAGUCCCUUGCAAGCUGAUGCAAAACACCCUUUUUACCCUAUCCCAGAGCAAGCCUUACAGACCACCCUCCAAGAGGUCAAACAUGAGCUAAAAGAUGACAUUCAGUCACUCAGCUGCCGAAUGACUGCUCUUGAACAGCAGGUUACAGAAAUCCUAAAACUUUUAACAGAAAAAAAUAAAGCCCCCCCAUCUCCUCCCAAAAUCCCAACAAGUCCACUCCAAAUUCCAUGUCAAGAUAUAUUUAGUGUAUCCAGACCAGUGACACCAGAGUCUGAAAAAGAAGAGAUCCAUGUUUAAGAGGAACUGGGCAUUAGUAGACACAAUGUGUGUUUGUAAUUCAACAUACACACAUAAAUGUCAUGGGUGUGACUUGAAAAUCAUAGUCAUUUUAUUAAUUUUGAUGUGUAAAUAUUGCAUGUCCAGCUGGAUUCUGGCCUGCCAAAAGAAGAUCCAUGAAAUAGAUAGAGCUUGUAAAAUAUGCAGUUGACUGCAUGCAUUCUUUACAUUGACUUAUAGUCUUCAUUACACAACUUAUUUGUAUAAUAAAGGCAAAGUUCGAUUUAACUAUCAGGGUCCAACCUGCCAAUAUCGCUAUACCAGCUGUAGAUCUCAGGCUUGUUCUUUCAACUAUUUAAUGCAUCUGCAGAAUGCUGUAGGAUUUAA